AUGGCAAAAAUGCAGUCACUUGCUAUUCUCACUCUCUUUGGACUUGCAGCUGCUAAGCAGUGCACGAACAUUACCAUUCCGGUGGACAUAUCUGCCAAGAAUUUCAUGUACAGUGUUCCAGUUUUUACUAGCAACCAGGAUGCUGCCACGUUUACUCAGAAUUACACCAACGCUAAGUAUGGAGGAAAGUACCCAAUGGCGGCACUCCUGGGCUAUCAAACUGUCGAAGGCUCGUACAAUAUCAGCGCCAAGUUCUGCACACCAGAUGUAAUGAACGGAUCUCAGCCCGUCAUCCAGGUGCUCACCCAUGGAAUUGGUUUUGACAAAACUUAUUGGGAUCUCGCCUUCAACAAUUUCAACUAUAGCUAUGUCGACGUUCUAGUAGACUCGUACGGCUUCUGCACCCUGAGUUAUGAUCGAUUUGGCAUUGGCAACAGUUCACACGGCGAUCCUUACACUUUGAUCCAGGCACCUGCGGAAGUAUCUGCUCUCCAUCAGAUCAACGCAGGGCUUCGCAACGGAACUGUGCACGGAAUUCCUCACGCCUUCGACAGAAUCGUCAACGUCGGUCAUUCCUUUGGUUCCCAACAAUCGUACAUGCUGGCAACGAUGUAUCCAGACAGCACAGAUGCUAUCAUCCUGACCGGCUUCUCAUUCAACGGCUCAGCCCUCGCUGCCACUCUGAGUUCCUGGAACUCCAAGAUUGCCCGCGAGAACCAACCUUUGCGGUUCGGAAACACGACGUUCGAAGAGGUUGAAGCUGUGUUUGAUAGCAUAGGCAUCAACCUCGAGAAGUUUAGCGCUGCAGCUAGUAAUCUCAGCAUAUCCUCUAGCGAGGCUAGGGACAUCUUGCGAACGACUGAGCUUUGGGACUUUAUCGCCGGAUACAACGAAACCGGAGCCGCGGCUCCUCAAGAUUUGCCUACAGGGUACAUCACAUGGGCAGACGUAUGGGCCAAUCAAUACGCCUUCCUCUAUCCUUCCAACAUUGAUCCCGAGAUCUUGUACUAUUCAGAGCAACAGAAGCAACACUAUACGGUCGGAGAGAUACUCAGUCUCGGAGGAACACCUGAAGUCUCGUCAUUCAGUGGACCCGUCCAGAUCGUCACUGGCAACCAAGAUGCGAUCUACUGUAGCGGUGACUGCAUGGCCACAGGCCUGCCCAAUGUUUCCUCGAUUCCAGCCGCUGCGGGGAAAUACUUCCCGAAUGCGAAGCCAUUUAGCGCUUACCUGCAACCAAACACUGGGCAUGCUAUCAAUCUGCAUUACAACGCCACUGCGGCGUACAAAGAGAUUAGCGAGUUCUUGGUAGCGAAUGGGUUUAAGCCUUCGUGA